CCCAGCCUAUCCAAGCCGACCCCAACCCCAGACCAUGCAUACUGGAUGGAGCUGAUCCUGAGUCCCAAACCAGCUAAGCCGACUCUACAUCCUGCGUGCCAGUCAGAGUUGAACUUGGAUCUCACACACCAAUCAGAGAUGCCCCUCAGUCCUCAUUCAGCUGAGAUGAUUUCAGAUCCUGCACACCAGCCAGAGGAGACCCAAUUUCCCAACCUGGCCCAGUUGACCCUGGAGCCUGUGCACUGCCGACCUGAGCUCCUGGAUGCUUGUGCUGAUCUCAUCAAUGAGCAGUGGCCUCGCAGUCGAGCCUCUCGCUUACACUCCCUAAGCCAGUCCUCAGAUGCCUUCCCACUCUGCCUGAUGCUGCUGAGCCCCCGCCCCACACCUGAGGCACCUCCUAUUGUAGUGGGCCAUGCUCGCCUGUCACGGGUGCUAGGCCGGCCCCAGAGUCUCCUGGUAGAGACAGUGGUGGUGGCCCGGGCCCUGAGGGGCCGUGGCUUUGGCCGCCGCCUCAUGGAGGGCCUGGAGGUUUUUGCAAAAUCCCAGGGCUUUUGCAGACUGCACCUCACUACCCAGGAUCAGAUGCAUUUUUACGCCCACCUGGGGUACCAGCUGAGUGAGCCUGUGCAGGGCCUAGUUUUCACCAGCCGAGAGCUGCCUACCACCCUACUCAGUGCCUUUCCCAAGGCCUCCUAUUCCCAGCCACCUUGUAAGGCCCCUAAGCUGACUGCCCAAGCUGCCCCAAGAGCCCCCAAAGGGUUCCCAUUGCCACCACCCCCUCCCUUGCCUAAGCUUCUGACCACCCCAACCCCAGUAGGCUCCUGUCCACAAAACCUACUAGAGAGACGAUACAGAGACCUGAGGGGCCGUACCAUCUUCUGGAUGGAGAAAGACAUCUGA